CGCGCUUUUCACAAUUCGAUCAUCCUCAAGCAACUAUGGACUGGGAUGCCGGUCGUGUGUCUGCCGUGGGCAUGGAGAGCGCCCAGGCGUCGGACGCGCGCCAGGGAGCCAGCCCAGCAGCACUACAGCGCCGCCUACUAGCCUUCCUGCGCGGGUUUCGCGUGGGUCCGCUGUUCUACUACCGCGAGCAGCUCCUCGCCAACGCACGGCGCAGCCACUGGUUUGUUACCGUGAACCUCUCACACGUUGCAGCCUUCGAUCAGGAACUACAAGAUCUGCUUCUCAAGAGCCCAAAGGAGCAACUCCCUCUAUUGGAGAACGCAGCCAAGGAAAUGUUGACGCAGUUGCUCGUGUCCAGCCAAGACGCGGGUGCGCCAGACUCGUCAACUUCUGGCAUUUCCUCAAGCAACUUGCCAGAUAUCCAGGCCAUUCUAACCAGUGAUCAAGCCCCAGUGGCGCUUCGCCACGUACACUCACAGGAGAUCAACCGACUGGUGAAAGUGCCAGGCAUCGUAAUCAGCGCCACGCGUGUGCGGACGAAGUGCGUGUCGGCAACUUUGAAAUGUCGUAACUGUGGCCACACCAAGCGAGUUGCCGUUGCCGGAAUGGGAGGCGUGAGCAUCCCCCGCAUCUGUGACCGCAACCGCGAGGAAGACAAUGGAGUAACCCCGGGGGAAAUGUGCCCCAAAGACUCGUAUGUUGUGUUGCCCGAUCAAGGCCACUACGUUGACCAACAGACACUGAAACUGCAAGAAAACCCCGAAGUUGUACCUACUGGCGAAAUGCCCCGAAACUUAGCGCUGGUUGCCGACCGUCACUUAGUGGACAGAGCGUCCCCCGGCACGCGAGUUUCGGUGGUCGGCAUUACCUCUGUGGUCAACGCAGGAGGCAAAAACGUCGGCGCUGUAGCCAUCCGCACACUCUAUCUGCGCGUAGUGGGCAUUGAGAUCGACGAAGAAGGCGCAGGACGUGCCAAAGCAACAUUUUCCCCAGCUGAGGAGGAAAAGUUUCAUGAAAUGGCGCGAGACCCGAAAUUGUACGAGAAGCUGGCGACGAGUAUUGCCCCUUCGAUUUAUGGCGACUACACGGUGAACAUCAAAAAGGCAAUUGCGUGUUUGCUGGCUGGCGGGUCGAGGAAAAGGUUGCCAGAUGGCAUGAUCUUGCGUGGCGACAUCAAUGUGUUGCUUUUGGGAGAUCCCAGUACGGCAAAGUCGCAGUUUCUCAAGUUUACGGAAAAAAUUGCCCCUGUGGGGGUGUACACGUCGGGUAAAGGCAGUAGUGCAGCUGGUCUGACGGCGUCAGUUAUCCGUGACUCCAAGGGAGAAUUCUACCUUGAAGGCGGCGCCAUGGUACUGGCUGAUGGUGGCGUGGUGUGUAUCGACGAGUUCGAUAAGAUGCGCGAAUCAGAUCGCGUGGCAAUUCACGAAGCCAUGGAGCAACAGACAAUUUCUAUUGCUAAAGCUGGUAUCACGACGAUUCUAAACUCCCGUGCAAGUGUACUAGCAGCGGCAAACCCUGUAUUCGGUCGGUACGAUGAUAUGCGCUCUGCAUCGGAGAAUAUCGACCUGAUGAGUACAAUUCUCAGUCGUUUCGACAUGAUCUUCAUCGUCCGCGAUAUCCAGGACGACGCUCGAGACAGACAAAUGGCUGCUCACGUGGUGAGAAUGCACACGAAUGCACUAGCGUCGGCAGCUGGAAAGCCCUCGGCAAGUGAAAAUGCCUCGAGUGGGGGAGAAUUUGAGCCUUGGUUGCUUAAGAAAUUCAUCACUUAUUGUCGUACUCGAUGCGCCCCGAGACUGUCGGUUGGCGCAGCUCAAGCGCUUCAGGACUUUUACGUUGGUGUACGUGACGAUGUGCGUCGUACACAGGGCGGGGAAACUACCAUUCCCGUCACUGUGCGUCAACUGGAAGCUCUUGUGCGUAUUGCGGAAUCAUUGGCAAAAAUGCACUUGCUUAACGAAGCCACACGUGAACAUGUGCAGGAAGCCAUUCGAUUGUUCAGUGUGAGUACCAUGAACGCAGCCAAAGACGGCGGUACUCAGGGACUAUUCGGUGGCUUUCAUGAAAAAGCGCAGGAGGUGGAACAGAGUAUUAACCGCACUUUACGCAUUGGUACUCGUGUCGAAACCAGCGCUUUGUACAGCCGUCUCGAGGCGCAGGGAUACAAUCCCAACGCUAUUCAACGCGCUAUCCGAGCCAUGGUGCAGAAAGGGUCACUUCGACAGCUCAGCCAGUACAAGUUUGUAUCUCGCGUUAAGUAGUUAACUUUAACAACGAGUACUACCAUAAAAUAUCUUUCGUGACUA